GCACCUCCACACUGGAAGGCUGACUCUGAAAAGGAAGACAACUCUGGACAAGCGACACUGACUGCUGCCUGCAGAUGUAUUCCAUCUCCAACAUGAAGAUGCUGACUGUGUGUGCACUUGUUUGUGCAUUCAUGGUUCUGACCGGAGCUGCUGCUUUUCCAGGAGCAAGUGCCGGAAAAGGUGGAAAAGGUCAAACAGGAGAGCAUGCUGUUGUCAAGGGGUCAGUCGCUCUUGACAAUUCCCGUCAGAAAUCUAAUAAAACCUACUACUUCUACUUUGUUCCAAAAGCGAUGACUUGGGCUGACGCUGAGAAACACUGCCAGUCCUUUGGCGCAAACCUUGCUUCUAUACAUAAUGUUUACGACUACCAUGUUGUUCAACACCUGAUAUUGAGAAUGACGCAUGAGCAAAAACAAGCAUGGGUUGGAGGCUCUGAUGCACAACAGGAGGGAUACUGGUUUUGGAGUGAUGGUACACGUUUCGUCUACAAUAACUGGUGUUCUGGAGAGCCUAAUGACGCAAACGGCCAACACUGUUUACAAAUUAAUUUUUCAGUGAAAAAGUGCUGGGAUGAUGUGCAGUGUCACUAUAAACUUCCAUCUGUCUGUGGCAAAACAACCUGAUGUUUCCCGGAGGCAUGAGUUACAAACACUGGUGGAUGUGUGUUUAGCUUCCAUCAGUCUCACAUGUAACAUAUAAAUUCUAUAUCUCAUUUUACAUCUUUAUUUCUUUACUAUCGCUGAAACGCUACUGAAGGAACGAAGCGACAAGUGACAUAAACAGGAGCUGGAUUGUCUCUUAGGCCUUGUGUCUUUAAUAAGAGCAAACUGAAUGUGUUAUGGAGAGAAUGCUUUUAGCACAACCUUAUUCUGGAGAGUGAACUCUUUUUCUUUAUGUUAGAAUAAAAGACUCAAGCAUUGAAACAA